UUAGCCAGGGUGGUUCAUCCGGAGUUCUACCGAUUUUAGCACAAAAGAUUCCCUUCCUCCUCCAAACCCACAUCACGGUCUCACAAACAUCGCAAUCCGACAACACUCAACGCACGAUUAUGUCGCGACAACCACCUCUCCCCCCAGGAUUGCCUCCUAGGCCUGACUUCAUUCCCCAGUCGUCUCAUGGUGGCGGUGAUUCGUAUCGUCCUCAGGAGUCAAGCUACCAUCGCCAGGAUGAUGACCGCUCUUACUCUUCUAGACCCCCACCGCAAUAUCAAUUCCGUGGCGAGAGUCUUCACGAUGGUGGAUAUGCCAACGAUGACUACGAUCCUCGACCUUCCUACAGUCGACGAUCUCCACCAAGAAACAAUGGCCACGAUAGCUACGAUCCUUACCGCGAUACGUACCGUCCUCGAGACGACCGCAGAGACGACCGCAGAGAUGAUCGCAGAGACGACCGCAGAGAUGAUCGCAGAGACAACCACCCGAGGGAUGACCGCCGCGAAGGCAACUUCACCUUUCGUUAUGAUGCGCCGGCUGGUGUUGACCAUGGUCGCAACAGCUAUCGGCCCCGAUCCCGAUCCCGAUCCCCUCCGUCUCGGCCAAUGGAUAGAAACAGAGCAAGAGACAACACUCGACGCGAACGCCCUGGCAGAAAUGAUCGCGGCGGUCGUGGCCGUGGUGCUGCUCGCGGUCGGGGUAGUCUUAGACGCGCCUCAGAUCGAGCUUUCCUCCAAACCAAUCGUGCUCCCACUCCAGAGCUUAUGCAAGGCAUUGAUGAAGACAAAAGUAGCGGGACUAGAUUCAAAAAUAUUGGUGAUUUGUCCGACAGCGACGAAGCUGAUAUGAGUGUCUCUGAAGACGAAAAUGAGUCUGAGCAACCCAAGAAGAAACAAGUUCGCGCAGUCAGCAAAGCUGCAGAUGGCGACAGUGUUCCUCGAUGGUCCAACCCCGACCCAUACACCGCUUUGCCUCCCCCUGAUGAGUCUCAGCGCAAGAAGAAAGAUGUGGUCAAGUUGAUCCGCAAGGCUCGGAACACUGACACUUCCGAUAGCAUCAAAAAGGCUGGCGCCGAAACUGAUGAUUUCAUUUCUUUUGAUGAUUUUGGAGAAGACAGCAUGGCGAUUGAUGAGUCAGCUACCAAGGUAGGAUCAUACGGUAUUCCGCCCGCAGAUGCCCCGACUGGUCCUCGUCAAAAAGACGUAGAGCCUCCCCUGCCUUCAUCUCAACCGCGUCCAGUCGAGUCUGCUUCCGUCGAGUCUGCUUCAGUCGAGUCUGCUCCAGCUCUCAACAUCACCCAUCCGCUUCCAUCCAAGCCUUCCACAUCGACAGCAAGCAAGCCAGAACAGGCGAUUGAUCUUACUACGGACCCUGCUUUAGGUAACCGCAAGCGAACUAUUAGAGACGAGAUUAAGGGUCCCCCCAAAAUCUAUAGUCUCAAGAAUUACGGUAAGCCGAAGACGAAUGGUACGAUGGACAAAAAAUGGAAGGUUCCGUCUGGUUCAACUGGCACGCCAUGGGUUGCUGUCGAUCACUCGAACACUAACAAUAUGGGAUUAUGGUAAGCCCCACGAUACUUUAUCAGUCAUACUCAUCCGCUGAUCUUGUAUAGGUUGCACAAAGAAAUCAUGGACUUCUACCACUAUGUCAAGCCUCGUGCCUUUGAGCAAACCAUGCGUGCACAGGUCAUCGAGAAGCUUCGUUCAGCCGUCAAGCAUGCAUUUGGUCCAAAUUACGACAUUCAGAGUUUUGGCUCUUUCCCUGCUGGCUUGUAUCUUCCCACGUCUGAUAUGGAUCUGGUUUGUGUUUCCGACAAAUUUAUGAAGUAUGGCAAUACCCCCGCAAAGCACCACUUGCAGAGUAUGGUACGGGAUUUUGGAGGAUGGUUGAGGAGCUCAGAUGAUUUAGCUAUCACAAGAAGCGUCCAGGAAGUCAUCGGAGCGAAAGUCCCCAUCGUAAAGUACCAGGACAAACUCACUGGACUUAGGGUGGAUAUCUCAUUUGAAAAUAGCACCGGAUUGAUUGCGAACCAAACUUUCCAAGAUUGGAAGGCUGAGUUUCCUGCAAUGACUAUUCUAGUGGUCAUCGUCAAACACUUCUUGGCUAUGAGAAACCUUAAUGAACCUCAACAUGGAGGCAUUGGUGGAAUGUCCGUCACUUGUCUCGUUGUAAGUCUCCUUCAACAGAUGCCACAGAUUCAGAGUAAAAGCAUGGUUCCAGAACAUCACCUUGGUGAGGUUUUGAUGGAAUUUUUUGAUCUUUAUGGCAAUCGAUUCAAUGUGUCGACCACAGCAAUUUCAACGAAGCCUCCGCAGUAUAUUCCAAAGGUAUGCCUCGCCAUCAAUCUCUUUUUAAUUCAUCAUUGCUAACGAGUAUCAGAAUCGAGUCAAGAACAUUACGUACAGAACGAGCGGUAAAGCAGGCAUGGACAAGUUUUCGAUCAUCGACCCCAAUAGAGCAGACAACGACAUUGCUGGUGGCUCCACGAACACUCAAACAAUUCUUUACUGUUUCUCAAGCGCCUACAAAAGCAUACAGCAACAAAUGGCACAUCUACGAAGUCUUGAGAACCGUGAGAACGCGAGUUUACUCGGAUGCAUCUUAGCCGGCAACUACGAUUCUUUUGAACAACAACGUGCGCAUUUGGCUUAUUUGCACGAAAAACUCAUUGGUCCGAUCGAGGAUUGAUAGCCCGCGUCCCCCUCAUGUGUAAUACUUUCUUUCGAUGGCAAUUUGGUUCUGUUUUUGAAGAUUGCUCCGUAGCCAUGGCAUUUUGCGCCACGGUUGAGUGUAGUCGAGGAUGGUCAAUCAUUGGGCGUACAAAUUUGAUAAGCGAUACCCAAUGGUGUUAUGGUUGUUAAGUUGUAGAUUAGCGCUUUCUGGACUCACCUGUUUUCUUUUCCUUGUCCCCAAGCAAGGUAUAACUGACAAGCUUUAGUGAUCGACUCGAACUUUUUGCCAUGGACCUCAAUGACAUACGAGACCAUCGAUCACUACUUUUUCAUAUGAAUACUACGAAAAUAAAAUUCAAUCUCUUUUAA